UCUGCCGCAGUGUGUACACACACCGUCCUCACUGCAGCUCCAGGGGAAGGCAGCGGUACACUGGGCACAGCUGACAGGGGCAAGGUUCUGGGAUUGGCUUGUGGAUUGACCUUUGUUGAAGAUGAAGCAGCUGCUGAUAGUCUCAGUCCUGGCAGUGCUUUCCAUGACAGACGGCCUAGAAAUCACAAACAUGUAUGCGUGUAUCAAUAAAACCAAUGACUUGCGUAUUGAUUGCACCUACAAGACGACUGUCAGUGGCACCAUCAAGUAUGAGUGGAAUCUCAACAAUGGAAAAAACACACGUGUGGUUGCAAGCACAAUCCACUCCAAUCAGAUCGAUGCCUCUUUCAAGAAUCGUGCACAAGCAAACUUUGUAGAUAGUUCCCUGCGGCUCACACUGACAGGAUUCAGUAAUGCUGAUGACGGUGCAUACACAUGCCAUCUUCAAUCUGAGACUGGAACAGUGAAGGACACCAAUAAAACCACUACAGUUAAGCACGGUAACCUGCCCACCUGCGGUGCCCCCGGACUCAUGCAGGAUCGUCCACAGGUGCUGAUCCUCACCCUCUGUCUUGGUGCCCUUCACAUUCUGGGUGCACUGUCUUAUGGAAAUCAAAACUAACAGCACAACUGGAACAGAACAGGCAUGACUGCAACUCCCCCCAUGGAAUGAGCCAUUGGUCUAUAUCCUUACUUUCCCCUCCACCCCUUCCCCCAACGCCUUUCACCUUUGCAUUUCUUGUGGUUUAUUUUCCUGAUUAACUGUCAGUGACUUCACUGAACAGAGGAAUAUUUUGGAUGAGUAACAAGUCACAUGAAGGAGUCUCUCCCAGUCUCCUCUCUCUCGCUCUGAUGUCAGUUGCCUUGGGCACAUUAGGGAGCUGGAGUUGGUAGAGAUGUUCUUUGGAAAGGAGAGCAGAGCUACCACGAGCUGCAGUUGGCAGAAACAAUUGGUUUCUCCAUAGUCUCCCUGAUGAUGCAGAAUAAUGAGUGAGAGAGUGGGGGUCAUCUGAGAUACACCCUAUGAUCAAAGCUAUACUUCCAGUAUUUGUCUGCUCCCAAACUGUGACUCAAGAUUUUGUUUUGGAAUAAAUCAAAGUAACAAAUUAA